GCCGGCCUGGUUGGGGUCGUAGGUCGCGCCGCGCGGUGUCGCGUUGUCUUUAAGAGCGGCCCCCUCCUAAUGCGCGCUCCCGGUACUAUAUCUGGCGUGCAUGGAGGAGCGCAGGUCACAGAGUCUGGCACGCCGCUGCACUGAGGACGUCUCCUUCAAGUUGGAACGACCGCCACUCACCUCACCUCUCACCCCGGGACAGUCAUCAUCCCUCUCAUGAAGUGUGGAUUGCUUGUUUGCCGGCUUGCGUUUUUCCCUUUUUACUGCGCCAACGGGGUUGUUUCUUGCAUUGCUCCCGACUCCAGAUGUUAGUGCACACUUUCCCUGCGAUGGACCGUGCAGACGGAAUAAAUGGAACCACCGAUGGAAGUCGACUCUCCCAGCUCUCUCUGACCCAGGCAGCCUACUCUUCGGCACCCCCGCUCUGCCACACCCCGGCCUCCGACUUCCAGCCGCCCUACUUCCCGCCGCCGUACCCGCAGCCACCCCUCUCCUACUCGCAGAGUCAGGAGUCCGGCUACCCGCACCUGUCUGACCCGUACUCGUCGCUCAGCCAAAUCCAUCAGCAUCCGCAGGCCGCGUGGCACACCCAGCGAGCCAGACAAGAAGAGGCCAGCAUUCUGUCGCAGUCACAUCGGGCCCUGAGUCUUGACCCUCGCAGAGACUAUCCAGGGGUCCCACGGCUCAUCCAUGGACUUGGAGAUGGAGGUCCUGGACUAGGAGAUGGCCCGCUGGGCAUGCACGGUUUAGGGCACCAUGGUCUGGAUGACAUUCAGGGAGUCGAUGAUUCUCCGGUGAUGGGACUGCUAGACCACUCUGUCAUUAAGAAAGUUCCUUUGCCAUCGAAGAUGAAUGGCAGCUCCAUCUCAGCACUCUCCCUCAACAAAGACGGCCUCAUCGGUGGCGUUUCAAACCCCAGUGAGGUGUUCUGCUCGGUUCCCGGCCGUCUCUCCCUACUUAGCUCCACUUCCAAAUACAAGGUGACCGUUGGGGAGGUCCAGCGGCGGCUUUCCCCACCCGAGUGUCUCAAUGCUUCUCUCUUGGGGGGCGUGUUGCGCAGGGCAAAAUCCAAAAAUGGAGGCCGGUGUCUGCGGGAAAGGCUGGAGAAAAUUGGUUUAAAUCUGCCGGCGGGACGACGCAAGGCUGCCAAUGUGACUUUGUUGACGGCACUCGUGGAAGGCGAGGCUGUGCACCUGGCACGAGACUUCGGGUACGUGUGUGAAACGGAAUUCCCUGCCAAAGCCGCCGCCGAGUACCUAAGCCGACAGCACGCCGACCCGUCCGAUCUUCACACCCGCAAGAGCAUGCUGCUGGCCACCAAGCAGAUUUGUAAAGAAUUUGCAGACCUGAUGGCUCAAGACCGGUCACCUCUGGGCAACAGUCGGCCAUCACCAAUUCUGGAACCGGGGGUGCAGAGCUGCCUGACGCAUUUCAGUUUGAUAACGCAUGGCUUUGGGACCCCCGCUAUCUGUGCAGCUCUCACCGCCUUCCAGAACUACCUGGUGGAGGCCCUCAAGAGCCUGGAUAAAACUUUCUUGAGCACCAACGGCCAUAGUGAACCAACGGGGAAAGUGGGCAGCGACAAGGAGCUGAAACACCGCAAAUAGCACCCCUGGCAGGCACAGCUCAGGACUGAUUUAUGAAUUGGGGGUGGGAUGUGGGGGGGGGGGUGGAAACGGGACUGGCAGAGCACUCAAGUGACAAGGGGGCGGGGGGGGGGGGGCUCAUUUUAGUUGUUUUUUUUUUUUUUUUCUUUCAGCCACUCGGGAUAAUCGCAUGGAAAUAAAACCCUGAAGGGGGUGAGUCACACUAGGAGUGAGCGGGAUAGUUAACCUGCAAAUAAAAUGCCCGUUCAAGUGGGUGGGUGGAUGACGGUGGCCAUGGUGGAUGUGGCAUAGGACAAACAUGCCAAGGCACAGGAAUAGCAGUGCCCCCUCUUGUGCCCAUGUACAAAGAGAACUCUCCCCGCUGCUUGUUGCUACAUGCCACGAACGGACCACCACGGAGGUCAAAGCGCUCCGCCAAACAAAUCAGUAUUGAGCUGGCUGGCUGUUCACCAAGCACAAAGAAAAGGUUCAGACGGAGUCGCUGGCUUCCAUGAGAUGGCACUCCAAAAACACAAAUGUAUUACUAUAAAAGCACAUGGCUGAGGCUGUUUUAAGUGUAAAUGUAUUUAUUGAGGCUUCCUUUCCAGGCCCGCUGGAGGGAGGCGCCUUUGUAUGUUUUAUACAUUGGGGGGGGGGGGGGGGGGGGGGGGGGGGUGCAUUUUUAUUGAGUGGCACUUAAAAAAAAAAACAAACUCUGCAGUCUUUGGAGGAGGUUUGGUGCCACCAGGGCCAAUGGACAUUUGCUAAAGCUGCCGGCCGCGGUCACCAAGCAGAGGUGGUCCCACCACCGAGAAGCACUGCUUGGCUGGAUAAUGUUACUGUUGUAAAUCUAAUCCUUAUUAUUGUAUUACACAGUAAAAUGUAAUAUAUUAUUAAAAGAAUGGCCACAACCU